AUGAAUGGGAUUGUGAUUAUAAUAUCAUCAGUUUUUUUCCAAACGGCUUUUGCUGUGAGAGGAACUAUAUUGUCAAAAAAAAACAGCCAACUUACAAUCGAACGAUACAAUAGUGAAGAAGAACUGGAUGCAAUGGAAGAGCUUUACGAAGACUUAAAGUCAAAUGAGAACCAUAAUGUUUACGAACAGGGUGAAACGAGAGACUUCUUAUAUUUUCUGAAGACAAUUAAGUAUGAUCAUAGACAAUGUCCCAAGCCUACUGUGCAAGGACCUGUAGCUAUAAAUGUCAGUAUACUCGUUAGCAACAUACGAGCAGUCUCCGAAGGAACGAUGGAUUACAACAUUGAAAUGUUUUACCGAGAAUAUUGGACAGACAGUAGAUUAUCAUAUUCGAAAAAUAUUUUCAAAAACAAGUCUGAAAUAUCACUGCAUGAAAGCUAUUCAAACUUCUUGUGGCAUCCUGAUACAUUUAUGCCAAAUACUAUUGCUUCUAAGAACCCGCGGCAGCAUAGUAUCACUCACAGAUCACUUUUGAGGCUGCGAAACGAUGGCAGAGUUUUGUACAGCCGUAGGUUAUCUUUAAUCGUAACUUGCGGAAUGGAUUUAACACUUUUCCCAUUCGAUUCCCAGCUCUGCAAAUUUGGGAUAGAAAGUUACGGCUACACAGCUGAACAAGUCCAUUAUUUUUGGUCAAGGGAACUUACAACUGCUCUCACGAUGCAUACGAUUCGAUUACCAGAUUUCAGAGUGAAAGAAGCUUUCGUAACAAGUCGAGUAGAAAGCUAUGCAACAGGAAACUACUCCCGUCUUUAUGUUUGCUUUGUUUUUUCAAGAGCAGCUGGAUUUUGCUUUCUACAGCUUAUUAUCCCUUCUACAGCAGUGGUGAUAACUUCUUGGGUUUCACUGUGGAUGGAAAACGAAACUUCGUUCCAGGAUAUGAUAUCAAUAAUUCUAACAAUAACAUUCUUGCUAUUCUCAUAUAAUGAGGUGAUGCCAAGAGUCAGCUACAUAAAAGCAAUGGAUGUCUACUUAGGGAAAAAUUAA